AUGUACCCCUCUCAGGUUCUGCGCAUGCAGCCCUCGCGGGCUCUCUUCAACCCGGCGCCCAAGGAGGCUCACAGCGCCCACACCAUCUCCCAGCGCCUCCGCAUGAUUAAGAAGUGUCCCCCAGAGCUGAUCCCUCUCGGUAUCGUCCUUGGUGUUGCCGUCGGCGCCGCCAUCUACGCGAGCACCAAGAAGCUCAUGAGCGACAAGACUCUGCGUCUCUACCGCAACAGCCCCGAGAGCCGCGAGCACUAA